AUGAAUGCUCUCGCUACCCUCCACCCUGAGUUCGCCGAGGAGGAAGAGGAGGAGGAGGGGGAGGAGAAGAGGAGGGUGGGGGGAAUCUAUGGAAUUUAUUUCCUGAGCGUUAACGUGAACGUUAACGUGACCGCGACUCCGCUUUCCUUCUUUUUCUCUCUUUCUUUCCUUUCUUAUCUUGCGUUGUUUUGUUUUUUCUCCUAUGUCGGAUAUUCUCCCUCUUUUCCCUCCGUCUCCCACCGCGACCAGCGGCGCCUGCAUGGCCGAGCCCCUGCUGAAGAGGACCUUCUCCCGGCUGCGGGGGAGAAAGACAGGUCCCGGCGGAAGACCGACCCCAAAAUCACCGACGUUCCGGGGAAGUCUGAAUCUAUUGCACAAACUUCUUCAUCACCGUCUCCAUCUUCAUCGUCAUCACCCCCCCGCAAUCACAUCACUGUUGCAAAGAAACAGCAGUGGGCACGACAGGCGUCGGUUGGCAGGGACCCCUCGACCAAUGCCCAGGCAACCUGCCCUGCCUACAAUGCCCCCAGCUGGGACAACGCGGCAGGAAAGAGCCAGGCUGGCCCAGGCCUGGCCUGGAGCCAGAGGUUAGCCGAAGACAAGAGGGAAGGUCGAGGUGACCGGAGCUGCGUUGGUCUGGGAUGGGAUCCCAACAGCACCCCCUGCCACUCUGCCAACUCUGCUGUGCCUCUGCAGGAGCACCCCCAGCCAGUAGAGGUCGCCAGUCACCUCCCUGUUUUCUCCACCUCUGCCAAGCUGUCUGGCCAGGGAGCCUACCUGCAGAGCCUGGAACGGAGCAGCAGAGCUUGGGUACUGUCGUCAGGAAAGUCCCAGGCUUCAGACGAGGCCUCCAGGUUGGAAGUUGAAAGGACUCGAAUGCAAGGGGAGAACAACAUCUGGUACAACCCCAUCCCUGAGGAGGAGGACGGAGGAACAGGGGGCAGAGAGGGUAGCACCCUGUGGAGGAGGAGAAAAGAGGAGGAGGAGGGAGGGGCCAUUCAGAGGUGGGCAGGACUUCCGCUAAUGGCAGGAGGCAGCGGAGGUGGAGGGGCGGCAUCAGGAGGAAUGGGAGCGGGCUCAGGCGAGCGUGAUAGCAGUGACUGUCAACACGAGGGUGCCAGUGCAAAUAUCGGCCACCUAACUGAUGACAUCACAGCAGAAUUCACAGAACCCCACUGUGAGCUCCCACCCUCAGACUCUAGCCCCUCCUCCCAAAAGAAAGGGGGCGGGUCCAGCAGUAUGAUUGACAGGCUGAAAUCUCCAGUCACGGUGAGAAAGCUCUCCAUGAAGAUGAAGAAACUUCCAGAAUUGCGGCGGAAACUCAGCCUGCGCUCCUCCCGUUCCCAGCGGCAUGGAAACGAUGGGAGAGGAGGUGGGGAUGAGGGGGCAUCGACCAGUAAGGAGAUUCCAUCAGCAGCCAAUCAAAAUGUGAUCAGUAGAUAUCACCUGGAUAGCUCCGCCCCUCCUGCCAGACCACUCCGACGAUCUUCUAGAGGGCGCUCUGCCAGUAAAGGGGGUUACCUUAGCGACGGUGACUCUCCUGAGCUGCUCCCACGGCAACAGGCCGCUCCCCUUGCAGCGUCACAGGAUGGAGGUUGUGACGUCAGCUCGUUCAGGCUGUAUGUCGGCUCUGAUCAGCCGCGCUGUGCCCAGAGAGUGACCGGUUUACUGACUGUGCAUCUGCUAGGCCUGGAGGAGAUGACAAAGGCCUGCAGGUCAGAGAGCAGUAAGGAAGUUUUCUUGGCCAUUCAGAUUGAUGGAAUUACCCGAGCUCGCACUGCCCUCCUGACCCUCAGAGGCCCUGCCCUCUCCUUAAACCACACCUUCCACUUGGUGCUGGAGAGAGCCAGGCAGAUACGGCUAGUGGUCCUAACGCCGCAUACCACUACAGGGGUGGGAGGGACUACCAAAGGGACCAAUCAGACCCAAACGUCCUCAUCCAGUAGUUCCACCCUUUCAUCCAGUGGUCCAACCAAGAACAGAGUUUGCUGUCUGGGCGGGGUCUCCAUUCCUCCGCUCUUUAAAGCGAGUCGAUGUCAGCAGUUGUGUGUGAAGUUAGAACCCAGAGGUUUGCUCUACGUCAAACUGUCCCUACAGGAACAGUGGGAAAGUCCAUCUGCCCUGCCACAGGCAAACAGUGACCCAUUGUCGCCCUCCAGUGUGUUUGGGGUGGAACUGCACAUUUUAGUGGAGCGAGAGGGACGCUCGCCUCCAGUACCUCUGCUAAUCCAGAAAACGGUGGCAGAAAUAGAGAGGAGAGGACUGAAGGUGGUGGGUCUGUACAGACUGUGUGGUUCUGCUGCUGUUAAAAAAGAACUGAGAGAUUGGUUUGAGAGAAACAGUUUAGCCGUCUGCCUCAGCGAGGACCUCUACCCAGAUAUCAAUGUAAUUACAGGCAUUCUGAAGGACUACCUUCGGGAGUUGCCGUCUCCUCUCAUCACCAGGGCCUUGUAUGAGGUGGUCCUUGAGGCCAUGACUCUCCGCCCGGCUCCUGCACCUUCCAUGACCCCUGACCCCUUGUUGGCCCAGAGGACCGUAGCCCUGCUGGACUGUCUGCCAGCCCCAGAGAGAGCGACUCUGUCUCUGUUGUUGGACCAUCUCAGCCUGGUUGCGUCAUUCAGCCUGGCUAACAGGAUGACCCAUCAGAAUCUGGCCGUCUGCUUCGGUCCGGUUCUCCUCACCCCAACGCAGGAGGCCUGGCGGCCAGGGGGCGGAGCCAGAGAAAAGGGGCGAGGCUUCUCUCACAGUGAAGACAUAGCCAGUGCAGUUGACUUUAAACGCCACAUAGAGGCGCUGCACUACCUGCUGCAGCUGUGGCCAGUCCCAGUGGGUCGAGGUCCAGCAGACCUUCUGCCCUCCCCACCUCCAUCUCCUCCCUCCCCCGUCAUUACCCAUAACCCCCUGGGCCAGCAGCUACAGCGUCGUGCAGCACUGCGAUUGGCUUUGCCUCAGAAACCAGAGGAAGAGGUUGUGGUUUCUCGUCGGGGGCGUGGCCUGACCCGGCUGGAGAGCCCUCCGCCAAUCAACCGCUAUGCUGGGGACUGGAGUGUUUGUGGGCGGGAUUUCCUGUCUGGACAGGAUGCGGAUUAUGACGAGGUGGCAGGAACUGAGAGUGAAGGAGGGAGUGAGGAAGAGGAGGAGGAAGAGAAGAGGGGGGCAUGGUCGUCAAAGGGUCUCUAUGUGGAGGAGUUUGGUCUAGACUUUGAUGCUCCAUUCAGCUGCCGACUCAGCCUGAAAGACUUUGACACUCUGAUCCACGAUCUGGACCGUGAACUAGCCAAACAAAUUAACAUCUGUUUAUAGAGGAGAGAAGAGAAGUGUGCUUAUUGUUUUAUCAGAUAAACAGGAGACAGGAGUGAUGAGGUUUUAUCAUCACUCCAGUGAAGAUCAUGGGAGGGGCAAGGCAUCUGCUGGAAAACAGCGGGAGAGUUUUGAGGUUUUGUUUCCUUGUUAACCUGUUCUCUCACAACCCAUCUGCACCACCGCGCACCACACCUGCCCGAUAUAACUACAGUCGUCUACCAUUGGCCGCUGGAUGCUGUCCACUACAACCACAUUCUUUUACUUUUGACCAUUGGGAGCUGCCCAGUAUAAUCACAGUCGUCGACCAUUGACUACUGGGAGCUGCCCAGUAAACUGAGUGCUGGAGAUAGUCAGCAUUGUCCUUGUCCACCCGGACUUAAAGCCUGUGGUACGGUGGUCUGGAAGGGACAAACUGAAGUCUCAUUCCAAAGAAGAAGAAGAAGAGGCGUCACUUUUGAAUUGGUUGCAGACGUGGCAGUCAGAAUGAGAAAAACACUGAGAUGGAGAGAUGAUCUAAGGAAGUUUCCCCACAAAAUACCAACACUGGUGAGGAUGGAACCAUUUAGUUUGAAAAUACUUGAGGCUAAGUUUCAGGAAAACUUUUUUUUUUGUGGUUUGUAUGGCUCUCGAGGCUCUGUUUACUCAUCAGAUCCAAAGGUAGAUGUAGUUUAACUUCCUUUCAGAUGAAGGAUUAGCAAUGCUGUUCAUUGUGAGGGAACCACAAGAACACAGAUCAGGAACUUUCUAAUCCAACCAAAAGAAAAUAUUAAAAAUCUUUUUUUUUUUUUUUUUUUACCCGACUGGUCAGUUGUGAAGAAAAACGAGUCAGUUUAAAAGUAGCCUUGCUGACAAGACGUUAGUUAAUGAUGCUGUGACGAUCCUUAUAUCAAUAUCUUUUACAGGGAUAUGUUAUAUAAAAUCCACUAUCACAUUUAUGAAUUCCAGUCAUCUUAAUUGGACAUUAGUUGCUUUUGUAUUUGUUAAUUGGCUCAUCAGGGUAGGAUUAUGUGAAGUAUUAUGGGCUGGGCUGUUUGCAAUGUCAAAGCCAUAUCCGACUUUGGCCAACCUUUUUUUUUUUAAGGAACAGGUCUCUCAGUUUUUUCUUGUUGGACGGUUUGGUACGGAAAACGGAUUAGUCUCCUCCUGGUGCUUUCACCAUGUCAGCUGUUUUCCAGGGGCUCUCCUGCAGGAUGAAAAAGUGACACAGACUCAUACAAGGUGAUUGACAGAUCAACAUUAAAACCAAACGACUGAACUUUGCAAAGGAAAAAGAGGUUCUCGGGUUUAAAAAAGAGAAAAGCACCGACCAAAGGAGCCCUGGUCUCCCACCGUGACCUCACGCUGAAACCCUCGCUGGGGACUGUCUCCUCGAGCUCUUAAACAUUUGUUGUAUUACAUGGCUGGGUUUUAUAAACUUACUUAAGUGAGUUUUGCUCUACAUUAUUUUAUUUUUUUUGGUCCUGAGAGGGGUGCCUUCUCGACCUUUGUGGAGCUGCCUGAGUUUAUACAACAGUCAAACAGGCUGUCUAAACUGGUCCAAGACACGCGCCAGCAGGACUCACAGUUUCCAUAAAACACUGGUUGUUAUUCCAGCCCACGAGGUGACCAAGUAACUAGCUGGUGAUCUUUCUGGUUUUCGCCUGUUUUUCAUUUUGUCACGUAUUCAUUGCCUCCCCAGCAGUCCAGAGACGAUGAAUCACAAACCACUAAAAGUUCUCGAUUGUUAUGUUGAAAUAAUGAGAAAAUAGCUUAUCAUGGCAAAACAAAAGUUGCUUUCCUGUCAGAACAACUUGGUUUCCCUGUUGUAAUGAGAAGACAAUACUUAACAUAUAACGUAACAUAAUGCAUCACUUAACAUAUAAAUACAUAUGUUUUAUAAGGCUUUCAUAAAUAUCAAGUAUAAUAUUGGGUAACAUCCUGCCUGAAUGAACUGGUGCUUUCCAUCAGGGCUACAGACUUGCUUACAUAAAGGCCUAAAAAGUGGUGUUCCAGGCAUUUUAACACUGAUUUGUGGCAUUGCCUGGCUGAUUUGUAAAUUUAACCCCCUGCGUCCGUCACUGUUGGCGAUCUACUUUUCGCUUACUUUCAUUAGAUGCACUGAACAUGACAUGCACUCUUGGCUAUAUCGCCACGUUUCAAUGGUCUAAAAAGCCUGUAGGUUGACACAGAUUAUAGUAUGUAGCUGUCUAGUUAAAUGAUAUUUCGUUUAGUUGGGUACCAAUUCGGUCCUUACAACCGCUCCUUGCAGCACCACGUGACAUAUAAGUGCAGUCUGGUGGGCAGGCAGGUUAAUUCAUCUGGUAAUUAAAGUUGUUAGAAAGGGGAAAAACUUAAUUUGAUAACUUGUUUUACCAUAACAUAACAAAAUAUUGGUUUGGGAUUCAUCCUCUAGACUGCUCUCAGACAGACGCUGUGCUGAGUAGCUAUUGCGUUUAUAUGUUAUUGCACCACGUGUUCAGAUGAAUUUAACUGAAGCUGUUUUCCUGACGUCAGCAGGAAUGUGUCAGUAGUCCUGGACUGCUGCUGCCACUGACGCAUUAGCAUUAGCAAACUAGCUCGUUAUUCCACGGACUUCCAGCGGGAACAAUUAACAGUUUUGUCUCCCCCUUCUAGCAGUGAGAGUAAUUCUCUUUUUUCAGCACUCCGUCAACGGUUAUCCGUGUUUUGUUUUGUUUUCCUCGCUGUCGAUCGGUUUCCAUUUCGGUGGGGCCAGCCCUACACAUGCGGUUGUCCAUGGGUGAGUGCGUGAGUGAGUGAUGGAGUUUCCCCAUUGGUCCAUUUGUCGGGUGGCCGAAUUGGAAGCUUCUCCACCGGCCAUUGCUCUUUCAAAAUGAAUCUGCGUGAACAGUUUUCUAUUACGUCACCAGCUGUCACGUAAUAAGAUGUCAACAAACAUAGUUGCGAAAACAGCCAUUUAAUAAAUGUAGUCGCGGUCCAACCGUAUACUGGAUUUUACCUAGUAUUGUUUCUCUGGAGCAUCAGAACCUUUUCUUGGACGCUUCUUGGGUUUAUCUGGCGUAGUUUCCAAGACCGGAAGCUUUCUGGCAGAAAGGCCUGAAGGCAAGCCAAUCAGAGGCAUGCCAGCGCUUUCGUCACGUGGAAGUUCUGCUCUGGCAAAUCCGUCAUUGCUGGUUGACAUAAAACGCAUCACUAGCAUCACCGCCAGUGCACCAGUGCGGGAAUGUCGCCACAGACACUAGAUUUAAAACUCCAAAGCAUAGAGAUUUACCUGCCUCUGAUAGGCUUAAUCAUCAUUCUGUGAGCUCGUUUGGCAGCAACUUGAAUGUCACGGACCCGCACUCUAGCUUUAACUGUCCAAAACAGAUGGAUGAAUGCUAGCGGCUACUCUCGGUGUAUUGUGUAUCUGUGUAAUACCUUUGCCUGCCUUGGUCUGAUGACGUCUCUGUAUCUAAGCUCUGUAGGUACGUUUACAUGCAAACUGCAAAAACACCAUCUGAAUAGCUUUAUCGUGGUCAGAUCAGAAUAGGAGUAAGCAUGAUAUGAUUAAGACAGUGAUUUUUUUUUCUUUCAGACUUUUGAAACUGCAGGUGAAAGAUCACCAGACUCAGAGAACAGGAUGUUGCUUGUACAAUACAAAGACUUCAAACCACAGACCUAAAACCCAUUAUUAAAAGAAUCAGUACAUACCGGACUAUUAAACGAACCAUGUAAAAACUUUAAUAAUGCCUUAAACGGAUCACUGCCAUAUUGCUGUGCAUAUAGAUGUGUUGUGUUUUAAUUGAAAUGGGUUGAAAACGUGGCUGCUCUGUCCGGGCAGCUGUGUCAAUUGCUGUUGUUAAAAAAAAAACCAUUAUUCCCCAGAGAAUUGGUUUCCUGUCAUGUGACGCAGAGGACCAAUGGUACUCUGGAUCUCAUUCCAAACAAUUACUACACCAAAUUACUUUACUUUUUAGCUAGCACACUUUCCAACCAAAGGAAGUGGAAUUCAUUUGUGAAUUGACCUGCUGACAUGUUCAGCUAAUGUCUCUCUCUCUGUCUCUGUCUCUCUCUCUCUCUCUGUCUCUGUCUCUCUCUCUCUCUCUCUCUCUCUCUCUCUGUCUCUCUCCCUCUCUGUCUCUCUCCCUCUCUCCCUAUGUAUAUAUUUGGGUCAGUGGCUGCUGACUGGACUCAAUGAGGGCAGUGUAGUCUAGUGGCGAGAGACUGUACCAGGACUGUUGCAUGCACUAACACUGCAAUCCAGUGAAGUGAAAAAUGGGACUGCCUUCUUAUUGAAGGUCUGUGUCUGGUCUGAACUGUUUUGACCUCCUCCCUGCUCGCUGUUGGUAGCAGUGUGUGAGCCAAUACAUUUAUAAUCAGAUUACCAGGCUAGCCUUGCUACGUCACGAUGCUAACUAAAAGCCAGUUAAGAGCUCCCUCUAGGGCAGUGUUUCCCAAACCAGUCCCCCCCCACACACACACUCUCCCCCCUGCAGAUUUUCAUUGUAACCCUGUAUACAUAGACCUGCUUGUACUUACUCAACCAAUCAUAUCAUAGUACUUAAUUAUUCCACAUGUGCCAAAUCUGACAUUAUUAAGUGCUGAUUGUGAUUGGCUGAGUAAGUACAAGCAGGCCUAUGUAUGCAGGGUUACAAUGAAAACCUGCAGGACAAGAGGGCCUUGAGGACUGGGUUGGGAAACACUGCUCUAGGGUAUUUUUGCUGGAAAAAAAUGCUGUGGCAUUAGUAGCAUUUCAAUAGAUGUUUUUCGCAACGACUCUUCAUCGUUGGGCAGAAGAGAGGCUGAGGCGGAGGUGGGAUGAUUUUUGACAGUAUUUUUUGCGGUACAAUGUUUUUCGUUUUGUUUUUAUUUCUUUGCUAGCUGUGAUUUGUUUGUGAAGCCACAGAAGGAAUGCCAAGGCCAUAUUCAAGAGCAUUAAGGCUCCAAAUGUUAUGCACCAUUACAAAGUCUGUUCUUUUUAUUGUUGUUGUUUUUUAACACUUUUUUGUGCAUUAUUUGUUUAUUUUAUUUUUGGACAGUAUUAACUAGUAUUGCACAACUUCAGUAAGCACUUACGAUGAAGAUGGAGAUGAUGUUCUAUGCAGAUGAUGUAACCAAAGUGUCAAAGCACAGUUCCUGUUGGAACAAACCACAGCAGCCUGCCUGUCUGUCUUAUCAAUAAACACAUUAUUAUUAUUA